ACAGCAUUUAUAACACUGGGCAGCCCUGUGUGGAGUUAUUGAACUUUGACACACUGAGCAGGGCACUGACACUCUAUUAAUGUAUAACUUGACAUUAUAUUUAAGCAAAGACAACAGUGAAAGCCUCUAACCUCUGCAGACUUGAAGAUGACAUCAAAGAAAGUGAUCGAGUUUUUUUACGAUGUGGUUUCUCCCUACUCCUGGCUUGGCUUUGAGGUCAUGUGCCGCUACAGAACCGUGUGGAACAUCGAGCUCAAACUGCGACCUACAUUUUUGGGAGGCAUCAUGCAAGGAUCAGGUAACAAGCCCCCUGGUCUGGUUCCAAACAAAUUCCUGUACAUGGGCAAGGAUCUGAACCGCUUGUCAGAGUAUUUUAAUGUUCCCCUGCGAUCUCCCUCUGACCCCUUUGAGGCCAUGUUCCAAAAAGGCUCUUUGAAUGCAAUGCGGUUUGUGACAGCCGUACAAGAAAAGGGGAAGGGUGGAGACGAGCAGGUGGAGCGGGUGUCCAGGGAGCUGUGGAGAAGGAUCUGGUAUGAGGACAAAGACAUCACCGAGCCUGCAUCACUGUCUGAGGCAGGAAUAAAAGCAGGACUGUCUGACAGCGAGAUUAAGGAAUUACUGGAGCUGUCCAACUCGAAGGAGAUCAAAAACAAGCUGAAAAUCUCAACACAGAAUGCCCUGGAUUAUGGGGCAUUUGGCUUCCCCCUUGUGGUGUGUCACUUAAAUGGAAAACCAGAGAUGUUCUUUGGGUCUGACCGAUUUGAGCUCAUGGCCCAUUGUAUUGGGGAGAAGUGGCUGGGACCUCUGCCGGACAAACCAGCUGCCAAGCUUUGAGAUACACAGAUGCCUUUGAACACCAUGGCGGUGCUUCCAUAUUCGUAUUUCAAUAACGUAUUUUAUUUUUCAAAUUUCAUAUUUCUGUGCCUUCUGAAAAUAGGCAGUGUUUUCCCAAUAGAUUCUGAUAACACAUAUUAGUGACCAUAAUGUAACAUAUCAAAGUACUAUAAAUGAUGUGCAUAAUAAAAAGAACAUUGACAACUUC